AUGAUGUCCUCCAGGGUGGACGUAAGCAUCAGUCAAUCGAUUGAUCAUGUCACUGAAAAUGAAGUCGCACCUUUACUUCCCAAAGAUGCCGACGAGACUGAGCCGCUUCUAUAUCGAACGAUAAGCCAUCAGAAGUCCGUCGUAGGUUUGCCCGAAAGCUCACAGCUUCCUACUAGCGAUGAAGAUCUUGAGCUGGCGAGGACCAGCCACUCUGAGGUCACUAAAGGCACAUGGGCUGCCAUAUCCGUCCUUCUCAUCGGCGUAUUCAUAGCCAACACCGACAGUAGCUUGAUCCUAGCCACAUAUGGAUUGAUAUCCUCAGAAUUCGGAGACCUGGGCUCAGGAGGCUGGCUUGUCUCUUCUUUCAUCCUGGCCCAGUGCGUAGCGCAACCUCUCUAUGGGAAGCUCAGUGAGAUCUAUGGCMGUAGAGCAUGUCUCCAAGCUGCAUAUACGCUCUUUGCGCUUGGCACCGCUGGGACUGGAGUGGGUACAUCCAUGGGUCAGAUUAUUGCUGCGAGAGCUGUGCAGGGUGCUGGCUCGGCGGGCAUGUCGAGUAUGGUUUCCAUCAUCAUUACUGAUUUGGUGCCACUGCAUGAAGUCGCUACAUUGAGGAGCUAUGUGAACAUCAUGGCAACUACUGGAAGAAGCUGCGGCGGAGUCAUCGGAGGCGCUUUGACAUCGGCUCUAGGAUGGCGAUGGGCGUUUCUCAUCCAGAUUCCACCGACGCUCUUGACCAUUGUGCUGGUGCAAUGGCGUCUGAACAUACCUUCGAAGUAUGAGAGAGAACAAAGUCAUUGGCAGAAGCUCAAACGGAUUGAUUUUCUUGGUGCUUUCUUCCUCUGCGCAUUCAUUUUCUCCGGCUGCUUCAUGCUGGAUACUGGUGGCCAGAAACUCCCCUGGGAGUCCCCGAUAAUCCUAGCAAUGGCAAUCACUUCAGCCACGUCACUCAUGGCCUUCAUCAUCUCCGCAAAGUUUGUCCCAGAACCGAUAUUCCCUCUCCGACUUUGGACCACUUAUGCAGUCUUCACCAACUACGCCAUCUGCUUCCUACAGGUCAUGAACCAAUUCGCCCUGACACUCAUCGUCCCACUCUACUUCCAGGCCACUAGCAGAUCUUCCCCAGCUUCCGCGGGUGCACAUCUGAUUCCGGCAUUCCUUGGAAACAUGGCGGGAGGGCUGACCGCCGGCUACUGGAUCAAAAGAACAGGCCUUUACAAAGCGCCGACUGUUCUUGCACCUCUCUGUGCGCUUUUGGCGAUGUGUCUCUGCUACUUCACCUGGCAGGGUAACACGAAUAUACCGGGAUCACUUGCAAUAUUCCCCGGCGGAUUCGCGGCCGGGAUGAUUUCGAGCUCGUGUUUUGUGGGCCUUGCGGCUGGUGUUUCAGAAGAUGAUGUGGCCAUUGCGAGCUCAGGAAUCUAUCUCUCCUUCAACAUUGGCUCUAUUGCGGGCUCUAGCGCUGGAUCUGCGGUGUAUCAGGCUUCCCUCAGAAAAGGCUUGGAGCGUGCGCUCGAGGGUGUAGAAGGCGGAACCGAAAUCAUGAAGCGGGCUCUCGCGAGUCUCACGUACACCCAAAACGCGAGCAAUGAGGUGCGAAAGCUCAUCGUGCCGGCUUUCGUGUAUAGCUUCCAUCAGGUCAAUUUAUUGUGCAUUGUAUGUGCACUGAUCUGCUUUGCUAUUGCCAUUAUCACGCCUCAAAGAAGACUUAAGCGAUAG